CAGAUCAUGGAGGAGGCUGUGACACGCAAGUUUGUCCACGAAGACAGCAGCCACAUCAUCUCCUUCUGUGCGGCUGUGGAGGCCUGCGUCCUGCACGGGCUUCGGCGGCGGGCAGCCGGCUUUCUACGCAGCAACAAGAUCGCAGCCCUCUUUAUGAAAGUGGGCAAGAGUUUCCCGCCGGCUGAGGAUCUGAGCCGCAAGGUGCAAGACCUGGAGCAGCUGAUUGAGAGCGCGAGAAACCAGAUCCAGGGCCUCCAGGAGAAUGUGCGGAAGUUGCCGAAGCUGCCCAGCUUGUCCCCACUUGCCAUCAAGCAUCUGUGGAUUCGCACGGCCUUGUUUGAGAAGGUCCUGGACAAAAUUGUGCAUUACCUUGUGGAAAACAGCAGUAAAUACUAUGAGAAGGAAGCUCUCCUGAUGGACCCUGUGGACGGCCCCAUCCUUGCGUCUUUGUUGGUGGGGCCCUGUGCCCUAGAGUACACCAAGAUGAAGACCGCAGAUCACUUCUGGACCGAUCCCUCGGCUGACGAACUUGUCCAGAGGCACCGCAUCCACAGCUCCCAUGUGCGGCAGGACUCGCCCACCAAGCGUCCCGCGCUCUGUAUCCAGAAGAGGCAUUCCAGUGGCAGCAUGGACGACCGGCCAUCCCUCUCUGCCCGCGAUUAUGUGGAGUCCCUGCAUCAGAACUCCCGUGCCACCCUGCUCUAUGGCAAAAACAACGUUCUGGUUCAGCCGAGGGACGACAUGGAGGCUGUGCCAGGGUACCUGUCCCUGCACCAGACGGCUGACGUCAUGACCUUGAAGUGGACCCCCAACCAGCUGAUGAACGGGUCUGUGGGGGACCUGGACUAUGAGAAGAGCUCUGCCCAUCUCUCAGGGCCACCAUAUUUUGGUUGUGGCUUUCAUUGGAUCAGGCAGACUCAAGGAUGUUCGGGGCUGCUGUUCCCUACUGUCACCUUCAGGGUCUUUCCUGUCUCUGUGCUGGCUGGGGCGGUGCCCCAGGAUCUGAUGGAUGUCUCCGUGAGCAACCUCCCAUCCCUGUGGCAGCCCAGUCCCCGGAAGUCCUCCUGUUCCUCCUGUUCACAGAGUGGCUCGGCUGAUGGUGGCUCAACCAAUGGCUGCAACCACGAGAGGGCUCCCCUGAAACUUCUCUGUGACAAUAUGAAGUACCAGAUCCUCUCCAGAGCCUUCUAUGGAUGGCUGGCCUACUGCAGACACCUGUCCACCGUGAGGACCCACCUGUCAGCCCUGGUCAAUCACAUGAUCGUGUCUCCAGACUUGCCCUGCGAUGCUGGACAGGGACUGACAGCCGGGAUCUGGGAGCAGUACCUUCAGGACAGCACAAGUUACGAGGAGCGGGAGCUGCUGCGCCUCAUCUACUACGGGGGCAUCCAGCCUGAGAUCCGCAAGGCCGUGUGGCCCUUCCUCCUGGGCCACUACCAGUUCGGGAUGACGGAAACAGAAAGGAAAGAGGUGGACGAGCAGAUUCAUGCCUGCUAUGCACAGACCAUGGCCGAGUGGCUGGGCUGCGAGGCGAUCGUGCGGCAGAGGGAGCGGGAGUCCCAUGCAGCCGCCCUGGCCAAAUGCUCAUCUGGGGCCAGCCUGGACAGCCACCUGCAUCGGAUGUUGCAUAGGGACUCAACCAUCAGCAAUGAGUCCUCCCAGAGCUGCAGUUCCGGCCACCAGAACAUCCGCCUGCACAGCGACUCCAGCAGCAGCACACAGGUGUUUGAGUCUGUGGAUGAGGUGGAGCAGGUGGAGGCUGAAGGCAGAUUGGAGGAGAAACAGCCCAAGAUCCCCAAUGGGAACCUGGUGAAUGGCACUUGUUCCCCAGACUCGGGUCAUCCUUCCUCCCAUAACUUCUCCUCGGGCCUCUCAGAGCACUCGGAGCCCAGUCUGAGCACAGAAGACAGUGUCUUGGAUGCCCAGCGGAACACUCCCCCGGUGCUGCGACCUAGGGAUGGCAGUGUGGAUGACAGGCAGAGCAGCGAGGCCACCACAUCCCAGGAUGAGGCUCCCCGGGAGGAGCUGGCCGUGCAGGACAGCCUGGAGAGCGACCUCCUGGCCAACGAGAGCAUGGACGAGUUCAUGUCCAUCACGGGCAGCCUGGACGUGGCCCUGCCUGAAAAGGACGAUGUCGUGAUGGAGGGCUGGAGGAGCAGCGAGGCAGAGAAACGUGGCCAGGCAGACAGCGAGGACAACCUCUCGGAGGAGCCUGAGAUGGAAAGUCUCUUCCCUGCCCUGGCUUCUCUGGCUGUGACUACUUCUGCCAACGAGGUGUCCCCUGUGUCUUCAAGCGGCGUCACCUACUCUCCAGAGCUGCUGGACCUGUACACGGUGAACCUACACCGCAUCGAGAAGGAUGUGCAGAGGUGUGACCGCAACUACUGGUACUUCACUCCCGCCAACUUGGAGAAGCUGCGUAACAUCAUGUGCAGCUACAUCUGGCAGCACAUUGAGAUCGGCUAUGUCCAGGGCAUGUGUGAUCUUCUGGCUCCUCUGCUGGUCAUUCUGGAUGAUGAGGCGCUUGCCUUCAGCUGCUUCACGGAGCUCAUGAAGAGGAUGAACCAGAACUUCCCCCACGGAGGCGCCAUGGACACGCACUUUGCAAACAUGAGGUCGUUGAUCCAGAUCCUGGACUCCGAACUGUUUGAGCUGAUGCAUCAGAAUGGGGACUAUACUCACUUCUACUUCUGCUACCGCUGGUUCCUGCUGGAUUUCAAGCGAGAACUCGUCUAUGAUGACGUCUUCUUGGUCUGGGAGACCAUCUGGGCAGCCAAACAUGUCUCCUCGGCGCACUACGUCUUGUUCAUUGCGCUGGCUCUGGUGGAAGUCUACCGCGACAUCAUUUUGGAGAACAACAUGGAUUUCACAGACAUCAUCAAGUUCUUCAAUGAAAUGGCUGAGCGACACAACACCAAGCAAGUUCUGAAGCUGGCGCGGGACCUCGUGUACAAGGUGCAGACUCUGAUUGAGAACAAGUGAGGGACACCUCACCCAGGCAGCCUCAGCCAAGCUGCCCCACCUGUUCCUCUGCUUAUUUUUCCUCCUGGCUGGACGGUCACCCCAGGAGCGGGUCCUGGUGUCUGUUCACAAGCAUGGAGUUCAGUGCAAAAAGAAACUACCCUGACUUUCACUUCUGGGCAGAUGGGGUGGAGGGAGUACCCCUUCAAUUUAGCCUUACGUUUUCCUGUUUGACCAAAGAUUGCCCAAGUCUGGCGUUCCUCCCUUGCAGGAGGUAGGGGUUGUUGGUGGACGAGGAGCCAUCGUUGUUUGCUGGUGUCCAGAAUGGUCUCCUCUUCUUCUUUCCCUAUCACUCCAAACUGUCUUGUAAGAUGAGACCUGGGAAGGGAAUUUCUUUUUGGAAAUUGGUGUAGAAGAGGUGCGUGGGGCUACCUCUGGGCUCCUCUGCAAGGGGCCUUUGGCGAUAUUCUGGACAUGGCUAGAGAUUGACCCUCCACAAUGUCAAAUGUCCUCCACGUGGACAUUACUGACAUUUGCAGCCAGGUGAUUCUUUUUGAGGGGACUGUCUUCUGCAUUGUAGGAUGCUGAGCAGCAUCCCUGGCCUCACCAGAUGCCAGUUGCACCAUCCCCCACUCACACCCCAGUUGUGACAACCCCCAAAAAUGUCUCUAGACAUUGCCAAAUGUUCCCUGCAGGGCAAAAUUGCCCCCAUUUGAGAACCACUUGGCUUGGAGGAGGGACUACAAAUGACUUCCUCCCCCAUUCUUUUGAUGCUAAACUGUCCUGGUCCUAAGGCCUCCCCUGGCUUAGAAAAGGCACACAGGAGGCCUGGCGCGGUGGCUGACGCCUGUAAUCCCAGCGCUUUGGGAGGCCGAGGCAGGUGGAUCACAAGGUCAGGAGUUCUGAGACCAGCCUGGCCAACACAGUGAAACCCUGUCUCUACUAAAAAUACAAAAAAUUAGCUGAGCGUGGUGGCGGGCGCCUGUAAUCCCAGCUACUUGGGAGGCUGAGGCAGGAGAAUCGCUUGAACCUGGGAGGUGGAGGUUGCAGUGAGUUGAGAUUGCGCCACUGCACUCCAGUCCGGGCGACAGUGCGAGACUCUGUCUC